AAAUGAGGCACUUAUGUUUUACUACCCAAGAAAAUUAUGUGAAUAAAAUGACAUAUACAUAGAUUCUUGUUAGGUCUUUAAAAGUAAAAUAUGUUAUGACACAAUGGUACAAAAAAAUUAUUUUGUAAGAUUGUUCAUUUUCACGUACAUAUUUUUUUUUCUGCCAAUGUUGUUUUUAUAAUUAUCUUACUUAAUUAUUUUUUUAUAGUUUAUUUGGCAACCUUAUUCGGAAGAUGUUAUUAAUGGAUUGCCUGAGUGGUGUCGGUCAGGACAACGUGUCUGGAUGGCACAGGUGCCACUGAUUUAUGGAAUUUAUCGUGAGUGGCACAUGGUUGAUCGUGUGAGACAGUUCGAUUAUUUACAACAUAUUCCUGGACCGUGUACCCAAUUUUCCGAAUAUCAUUUUAAGCGUGAUAAACGAUCUAAAAUAAAACAAGAAGAUAUAGAUGCAUUUAACUACACACAAUAUUUAUGGGAACAACGUCAAAAUCGUAUAUUUCGACCUCCAUUUGUAAGUGAUCAAACAGAUUACUUUCGUUGGUACAUGAAGCAUACCCGCAUGGUCAUUGAAAAUCCACAACAUGUUGUACAAAAAGGGUAUCAACACAUGGCAGGAAGACACGAGGCAUUAGCUAGGGGUCAUGAAAUGCAGUAUCGUCGAGCUCGGAUGAUUGAAAAUGAUGAAAAUCAAUCUAAUGAAAUGAGACAAUAUGCAGAGGAAGUCGCUCGUAUUUCAAUAGAGUCAAUGAAUGCGGCCUUCCAGGGAACGCGAUUGAGCUUUGAUCCUGAUUACAAUCCUCCCACUCAAUACGAUGAACCACCACCAGUACAAGUAUCUCGCCGAUCACGACAAACAACACCGAGAGAGGGUGCUCGUCGAGGUAGAAGGACCGCUGGUGAAACAGUUGAUUUUUCUGCAGGGCCCUCUAACACUAAUGUGGCGACUCCCGAGCCUUAUUAUCCCACGUUUGAUUUUUCUACAGGGCCCUCUAACACUAAUGUUAAUUUUUCUAGUCAGCAAACAGUUGUUUUUGUAACUCGACAGGUUCCAAUAUCUGGUUUUGCGCAAUUUAGUGGAUCUCAAUAUGGUAUGCGUGAAUUUCCUAUACAUAAUUCUCCAUUUGGUGGAAGAUUUAACUUUUCGAAUGUAACUGUGUCCGAUGAUUCAAGAUUUAAUGCUGGGGCUUCACAAAAUUUAGUUCUUAAUAGACAAAAUCCACCUCGGAGAACAUCUAGGCUACACAAAUCAACUAGAUGUGGAACAGGCAGUCACUAUCAAAAUGAGGAAGAUUUUGAAAAUGAAGAUGUAAAAGAUUCGGAUUCAGAAGAAUAAUUUUUAUGCACCUUUAUUCUAAAAGGCUGAAGAUUCGAAUUUUGAAAUAUGUAAAUUUUGUUGUUUCGUGCAAGUUUGAACAAAGUAAUGAGAUUCUUCCUUUUUUUUU